GGCGGCGCCGCAGCCGCCAAGAGGCCCCGGCUUCCGAGCGCUUCGUCCGGGCCUUGAAUCUCGGAGACUGGCCACGAUCCCCGUUCACACCUCGCAGUUGGGCAAGGCCCCGUCCCGUGUCUCUCCCAGGCCUGAGAUCCUCGCCCGGCACGGCCGCCCUGAGCGCCCCGGCCACCCCCAGCCCCGGCUCGCCCCUCAGGCCCCGGGCCUCCCCACAGCCCCCGGCCGGCGGCCCAGGCCCCGGAUCCGCGGGGGGGGACCCGGCCCCGGGGGGUGCGGGCCCCAUGGAGCUGAUGUUCGCGGAGUGGGAGGACGGAGAGCGCUUCUCUUUCGAGGAUUCGGACCGCUUUGAGGAGGAUUCGCUCUGUUCUUUCAUCUCCGAGGCCGAGAGCCUCUGCCAGAACUGGCGGGGAUGGCGCAAACAGUCAGCGGGGCCCAAUUCCCCCACUGGCGGCGGUGGCGGAGGUGGCAGUGGCGGUACCAGAAUGCGAGAUGGACUGGUGAUCCCACUGGUGGAGCUGUCAGCAAAACAGGUGGCGUUUCAUAUCCCAUUUGAAGUGGUGGAGAAAGUUUACCCCCCGGUGCCUGAGCAGCUCCAACUCCGAAUUGCUUUUUGGAGCUUCCCUGAGAAUGAAGAGGAUAUUCGACUGUAUUCCUGCCUGGCCAACGGCAGUGCAGAUGAGUUCCAGCGAGGGGAUCAGCUAUUCCGCAUGAGGGCUGUGAAGGACCCCCUGCAGAUUGGGUUCCACCUGAGUGCUACAGUGGUGCCACCUCAGAUGGUCCCCCCCAAAGGGGCCUACAACGUGGCUGUGAUGUUUGACCGCUGCCGGGUCACUUCCUGCAGCUGCACCUGUGGGGCUGGGGCCAAAUGGUGCACCCACGUCGUGGCACUCUGUCUCUUCCGCAUCCACAACGUGAGGCCCUCCCAAUUUAUCCUGGCCCUAUUCUCCGCUCCACCCCCCCUUCUCUGCUGCAUGCCUGGCCACAAUGCUUCUGCAGUCUGCCUGCGGGCCCCAGUGUCAGAGUCCCUGUCUCGACUGCAGAGGGACCAGCUGCAGAAGUUUGCUCAGUACCUCAUCAGUGAGCUCCCUCAGCAGAUCCUGCCCACAGCCCAGCGUCUCCUGGAUGAACUCCUCUCCUCCCAGUCAACAGCCAUCAAUACAGUAUGUGGAGCCCCGGACCCCACAGCAGGGCCGUCUGCCUCCGAUCAGAGUACUUGGUAUUUGGAUGAAUCAACACUCACUGACAACAUCAAGAAGACACUGCACAAGUUCUGUGGCCCCUCCCCUGUGGUGUUCAGUGAUGUGAACUCCAUGUAUCUGUCUUCCACGGAGCCUCCGGCUGCUGCUGAAUGGGCAUGUCUGCUGCGCCCACUGAGGGGCCGCGAGCCAGAGGGAGUCUGGAACUUGCUUAGCAUCGUGCGGGAGAUGUUCAAGCGGAGGGACAGCAAUGCUGCCCCCUUGUUGGAAAUCCUCACCGACCAGUGCCUCACCUACGAACAGAUAACAGGCUGGUGGUACAGCGUGCGCACCUCAGCCUCACACAGCAGCGCCAGUGGGCACACAGGCCGCAGCAACGGGCAGUCAGAGGUGGCGGCCCACGCAUGCGCCAGCAUGUGUGACGAGAUGGUCACACUGUGGAGGCUGGCUGUGCUGGACCCUGCGCUCAGCCCCCAGCGGCGCCGGGAGCUGUGUGUGCAGCUGCGCCAGUGGCAGCUGAAGGUGAUUGAGAACGUGAAGCGGGGACAGCACAAGAAGACCCUGGAGCGGCUCUUCCCUGGCUUCCGGCCGGCAGUGGAGGCCUGCUACUUCAACUGGGAAGAGGCCUACCCCCUUCCCGGUGUCACCUACAGUGCCACUGACAGGAAGCUGGCCCUGUGCUGGGCCCGAGCCCUGCCCCCUCGGCCAGGUGCCUCCCGAUCUGGGGGCCUGGAAGAAUCCCGGGAGCGGCCCCGCCCUCUUCCUGCCGAGCCAGCUGUGCGGCCCAAGGAGCCUGGGGCCAAGCGCAAGGGAUUGGGUGAGGGGGUCCUCUCAUCGCAGCGGGGUCCCCGCCGCCUCUCGGCUGAGGGGGGAGAUAAGGCUCUGCAUAAGAUGGGUCCAGGUGGGGGCAAAGCCAAAGCAUUGGGGGGGGCUGGCAGUGGGGGCAAGGGCUCAGCAGGCAGCGGGAGCAAGCGACGGCUGAGCAGUGAAGACAGCUCCCUGGAGCCGGAUCUGGCUGAGAUGAGCCUGGAUGAUAGCAGCCUGGCCCUGGGUGCAGAGGCCAGCACCUUUGGUGGAUUCCCGGAGAGCCCACCACCCUGCCCUCACCCUGGUGGCUCCCGAGGCCCUUCUACCUUCCUUCCUGAACCUCCAGAUACUUAUGAAGAAGAUGGUGGCGUGUACUUCUCAGAAGGGCCUGAGCCUUCCACAGCUUCUGCUGGCCCCCCUGGCCUACUGCCCAGGGAGCUUUGUACCCGGGACGACCUCGCUUCCACAGAUGAGAGUGGCAAUGGGCUCCCUAAAACCAAAGAGGCAGCCCCUGCGGUUGGAGAGGAGGAGGAUGACUACCAGGCGUAUUAUCUGAAUGCCCAGGAUGGCGCUGGGGGCGAGGAAGAGAAGGCUGAGGGCGGGGCUGGGGAGGAACACGACCUGUUUGCAGGACUGAAGCCACUGGAACAGGAGAGCCGCAUGGAGAUAUUAUUUGCCUGUGCUGAGGCCUUGCAUGCGCACGGCUAUAGCAGUGAGGCCUCCCGCCUCACCGUGGAGCUUGCCCAGGACUUGCUAGCCAACCCACCUGACCUCAAGGUAGAGCCGCCCCCUGCCAAGGGCAAGAAGAACAAGGUUUCUACAAGCCGUCAGACCUGGGUGGCUACCAACACCCUGACCAAGGCGGCCUUCCUGUUAACAGUGCUAAGUGAGCGCCCAGAGCACCACAACCUGGCCUUCCGAGUGGGCAUGUUUGCCUUGGAGCUACAGCGGCCCCCAGCUUCCACCAAGGCCUUGGAGGUGAAGCUGGCAUAUCAGGAGUCUGAGGUGGCCACCCUGCUCAAGAAGAUUCCUCUGGGUCCGAGUGAGAUGAGUACUGUGCGCUGCCGGGCAGAGGAGCUUCGGGAGGGGACACUCUGUGAUUAUCGGCCUGUUUUGCCUCUCAUGUUGGCCAGUUUCAUCUUUGAUGUUCUCUGUACUCCAGUGGUUUCUCCCACGGGUUCCCGGCCCCCAAGUCGCAACUGGAACAACGAGAUGCCUGGGGAUGAGGAGCUGGGAUUUGAAGCAGCAGUUGCUGCCUUGGGCAUGAAGACAACAGUGAGUGAGGCGGAGCAUCCCCUGCUAUGUGAAGGCACACGUCGGGAGAAGGGUGACCUGGCCCUGGCACUAAUGAUCACUUACAAAGACGACCAGGCCAAACUCAAAAAGAUCUUAGACAAACUCUUGGACCGAGAGAGCCAGACGCAUAAACCACAGACACUGAGUUCGUUCUACUCAUCUAGCCGCCCGGCCACAGCCAGCCAGAGGUCUCCUUCAAAGCAUGGGGGCCCAUCUGCUCCAGGGGCCCUGCAACCUCUGACCUCAGGCUCUGCAGGGCCUGCUCAGCCAGGGAGUGUGGCAGGGGCUGGGCCAGGCCCCACUGAGGGCUUCACAGAGAAGAAUGUGCCUGAGAGUUCCCCACAUUCCCCCUGUGAGGGUCUCCCAUCUGAGGCAGCUUUGACCCCAAGACCAGAGGGAAAGGUCCCCAGCCGCUUGGCACUUGGCAGCCGUGGAGGCUACAAUGGACGGGGCUGGGGCUCACCAGGGCGGCCUAAGAAGAAGCACACAGGCAUGGCCAGCAUUGACAGCAGUGCCCCUGAAACAACGUCGGAUAGCUCCCCAACCUUAAGCCGGAGGCCACUUCGAGGGGGCUGGGCCCCUACCUCCUGGGGCCGAGGACAGGACAGUGACAGUAUUAGCAGCUCUUCCUCAGACUCCCUUGGCUCCUCGUCCUCCAGUGGAAGUCGCCGGGCCAGUGCCAGUGGAGGGGCCCGGGCGAAGACAGUUGAAGUUGGCAGGUACAAGGGCCGCCGUCCUGAGAGUCAUGCCCCCCAUGUACCCAAUCAGCCGUCAGAGGCAGCUGCACACUUCUACUUCGAGCUGGCGAAGACGGUGCUGAUCAAAGCAGGGGGCAACAGCAGCACUUCCAUUUUCACACAUCCAUCUUCCUCAGGGGGCCACCAGGGUCCUCACCGUAACCUGCACCUUUGCGCCUUCGAGAUUGGGCUUUAUGCCCUUGGCCUGCACAACUUUGUUUCUCCCAACUGGCUCUCACGUACUUACUCUUCCCACGUUUCCUGGAUUACAGGCCAGGCAAUGGAGAUUGGCAGCGCAGCCCUGACUAUACUGGUAGAAUGCUGGGAUGGGCACCUGACACCCCCUGAGGUUGCAUCCCUGGCUGACAGGGCAUCACGGGCACGAGACUCCAAUAUGGUGAGGGCAGCGGCGGAACUAGCCCUAAGCUGCCUGCCUCAUGCCCAUGCGUUGAACCCCAAUGAGAUCCAGCGGGCCCUGGUGCAGUGCAAGGAGCAGGAUAACCUGAUGUUGGAGAAGGCCUGCAUGGCAGUGGAAGAGGCGGCUAAGGGUGGGGGCGUAUACCCCGAAGUGUUGUUUGAGGUUGCUCACCAGUGGUUCUGGCUAUAUGAGCAAACAGCAGGUGGCUCAUCCACAGCCCGUGAAGGGGCUACAAGCUGUAGUGCCAGUGGGAUCAGGGCAGCUGGGGAGGCUGGGCGGGGGCUGCCUGAGGGCAGGGGGGUCCCAGGGACUGAGCCGGUUACAGUGGCGGCGGCGGCAGCAGCAGUGACAGCAGCCACAGUGGUGCCAGUCAUCUCGGUGGGGUCCACUUUAUAUCCGGGUCCAGGACUGGGGCAUGGUCAUUCCCCUGGCCUGCACCCCUACACUGCUCUACAGCCCCACCUGCCCUGCAGCCCUCAAUACCUCACCCACCCAGCUCACCCCGCCCACCCCAUGCCUCAUAUGCCCCGGCCUGCCGUCUUCCCUGUGCCCAGCUCUGCAUACCCACAGGGUGUGCAUCCUGCAUUCCUGGGGGCUCAGUACCCUUACUCGGUGACUCCCCCCUCACUUGCCGCCACUGCUGUGUCUUUCCCCGUCCCUUCCAUGGCACCCAUCACAGUACAUCCCUACCACACAGAGCCAGGGCUCCCACUGCCCACCAGUGUGGCCUGUGAGUUGUGGGGACAGGGAACAGUGAGCAGUGUCCAUCCAGCUUCCACGUUUCCGGCCAUCCAGGGUGCCUCACUGCCUGCCCUGCCCACACAGCCCAGCCCUCUGGUGAGCGGGGGUUUUCCACCACCUGAGGAGGAGACUCACAGUCAGCCUGUCAACCCGCACAGCCUACACCACCUGCACGCCGCCUACCGUGUCGGGAUGCUGGCACUGGAGAUGCUGGGUCGGCGGGCACACAAUGAUCACCCCAACAACUUCUCCCGCUCCCCCCCCUACACUGAUGAUGUCAAAUGGUUGCUGGGGCUGGCAGCAAAGCUGGGAGAUCGUCAUGGAGACGCUGCAGCGGCUGAGCCCCGCUCAUGCCCACAACCACCUGCGUGCCCCGGCCUUCCACCAACUGGUGCAGCGCUGCCAGCAGGCAUACAUGCAGUACAUCCACCACCGCUUGAUUCACCUGACCCCUGCCGACUACGACGACUUUGUGAACGCAAUCCGCAGUGCUCGCAGCGCCUUCUGCCUGACACCCAUGGGCAUGAUGCAGUUCAACGACAUCCUGCAGAAUCUCAAGCGCAGCAAACAGACCAAGGAGCUGUGGCAGCGGGUCUCACUCGAGAUGACCACCUUCUCCCCCUGAGUCUGGCCCCCCUAGGGCCCUAUACAGGGACACAGGCCUGUGGCUAUGGGGACCCCUCACAAAGGGGGAACGAAUCUUGGCUGGACAGAUCAUCCCCACUCAGUUCCCUGGUAGCCCAGACUGGCAGCUGUUCUUGGGGCCAAGAUGUCUCAGACCCUAGAAGCCUAGGGUUGGGGGAGACAGCCCUGUCUGGGAGGGGGCGUUGGGUGGCCUCUGGUAUUUAUUUGGCAUUUAUAAAUAUAUAAACUUCUUUUUUACUCUCGUC